CCAGAAUUUGACGUUGCUGCUAAAGAAUUCGAAGAACUUGUAAAGAAAUACAGUCUUUCUAAUGAAGAAAAAUUGGAAGGAUAUGCAUUAUUCAAGCAAGGGAGUGUAGGCGAUAACACUAAAGCUGCACCUGGUACAUCUCCCGAGGAUGCACAAGCUCAAUAUAUUGCUUAUGUCGCAAAACUCAAGAAACAAUAUGAAGAUUCAGCAUAA